CGACGGAGCCCCACCGAAGAGUUCAGAUGUUGCUCGGAGCAAUGGCGGACAGCCUGGUGCACGCGCAUUGCUCGUCCCCGACGCCGCUGGUCCUGAUGCGGCGCGCGCACGAGCAUCAGCAGCAUCACUGAGACGCUCAGAAGCUCGGAUCUGAUGAAGCGAUGCCAGCCGCAGACAGACCGCCACCGGACCUCAUCCGAGCUAGCGAAUAAACACUCGUCCUCAGCGAAGCGCCGCUUCAUCAUCACGAACCCCUGCGAGGACGCGGGUCUGAUGCGUUGACUUCGCUUCCCAGCGGUUCGUGACAUCUGCGGCUUUUCUUCCACAUUCUGGAGAGACUCCGGCGCUUUAAUCUGGAUAUGUUGAAAGGCACGUAAGGAUGGAUGGGAUUAUUAGUGUUUUGGGGUUCCUGACGCUCGUUUUGGAGGGCAUCUCAUGCCAGGGAGUGUAUGCGCCUCCUACCGUCCGGAUCGUGCACUCGGGUCACGCGUGUAACGUGGAGGAGGAGCGUUACUCUGAGAGGGUUUACACCAUCCGAGAGGGAGAGACGCUCGAGCUCACCUGCCUGGUCACAGGACAUCCACGACCACAGAUUCGAUGGACCAAGACAGCAGGCAGCGUGUCGGACCGAUUCCAGGACUCCAGCGUAUUCAACGAAACCCUUCACAUCGCAAAGAUCCAGAGACAUCAGGGCGGACGCUAUUACUGCAAGGCUGAGAACGGACUGGGUUCACCGGCCAUCAAGUCCAUCAGGGUGGAUGUCUACU